AUGAUCACAAUUAUUGCCUCUAGAAGUCAGCUGAACCGUCCUCCGCUCGCCUUUGGCUUUGUCGCUAGCAUGUACCUCGCUGGACAUAUGACUUUUGGCGGAGGUCCCGUUGUCAUCCCGCUUCUACGCCCUUAUGCCGUAGGUCCUGGCUGGGGUUCCAGUAGUGACUUUCUAGUCGGUCUGGCUAUCAUUCAAGCCUUCCCCUGGUCCUAA